UCAUGUUCGUUUAUGGAGGUUGUAUUUUGAUAAGUUAGCCGCUAGAGGACAGUGUGUUUCUCUGGUAAAAACUGACAGAAUCUUCCGGGACUCAAACCUCCGCAGCAGUUUACACUGAUCUCCGCAGAAAUCAACGCUCAGCGUGUUUUGCUCGUGAACUUUGCUCUUGUGUCUCGCUCUCGUUUGAUUCAUGUCUUCGGUUGAGAUGUCUGAAGGCUCGGUUCGGGUGGAGACCUGCGGAGAUCAGCCGCUGUUCUACCGACAGACGCUUCCGUCGAGCGGUGCCGCCGAACUCUGCGUCCUGCUGCUGCACGGGAUCCGGUUCUCGUCGGAAACCUGGCUGAAGAUCGGGACUCUGGAGACUCUAGCUGCCGCGGGUUACCGAGCUGUGGCCAUCGACCUGCCAGGUUUGGGUCAUUCUAAGGCGGCUCCGGCUCCGGCUCCAGUGGGUCAGCCGGCUCCAGGUGUGUUCCUCAGACAGGUGUCUGAGGCUCUGCAGACCGGCCCCGUGGUGAUCAUCAGUCCUUCUCUCAGCGGCAUGUACUCACUGCCGUUCCUCUUCCAGCACUCCGAGCAGGUCAAGGCCUACAUCCCUGUAGCUCCCAUCUGCACAGAGAAGUUCACAGCAGAGCAGUACAGCAGCGUGCAGACUCCAGCUCUUAUAGUUUAUGGAGACCAGGAUAUUCAGCUUGGGGAAGCAUCGCUAAGCAACCUGAGACAUCUGCCCAAUCACAAAGUGGUGGUAAUGAAGGGGGCGGGGCAUCCUUGUUACCUUGACGAUCCAGAGACCUGGCAUAAGGCAGUCCUGGACUUCCUACAGUCGUUGUGAUCAUAUUAAAAACCCUAAUAGUGUAAAAUUGUUCUAGUCAAAACGUUAAUUACGUAAGUGUGAUCAAUAUGAAGUGCAUUCAGUUUCAUACUUAAUGACUGAUUAUGUCAGAAACACUACCUUUUUAUUUUUGUAUGCAACUUUUUUUUGUGCUAUUAUUUGCAAUGCUUUUCACAUGGAUGCAUGUGCCAUGUGUUGAGAGGUGUGUCAAAGACCUAAAGUCAACAUGAAAUGCUGUUUGCAAACCAAUUUACAUAACUUUUGAGUCAAAGAAGAUAGUCAAUGAGAAAAUAAUAUAGGACGGGGCUUGAUUUUAUCCAUUGGGAACUGAUUAGACUGAAAACUAGGUGUUUUGAACCCUU